GACGACAAAUGUCAAACAAUCGUAUCGACCGCAUUGUUCCGGAACAAUUCCCUAGUUUUGUGUGCCAAAAAGUGUGUUUUAGUAAACAAAAUACGACAUGUCCACCCAGCAAUGGAUUCACUGCAACCUGUGCAACGCCCAGAUGGCGAAUAAAGACACAAAGUACUACCAUCUAUCCUGCCUGGACGUGCUGUGCCGCACGUGUAUGGGGAAAACAAACCGUGGCACUACCUGUCCCGUAUGCAACAACUCUCUGCGGCACUUUACCGAGCUGGGCAGUGCAAUGGGCAGGAAGGAAAAGAUGCUGUACCACUCGUUUCCGGUCGGGCUGUAUCAGAUGUCCUACCAAACAUUGCUCUUCCAGCACAAGCAACGCAAGCGGCUGGUUGAAUCAAUAUUGAAGACACGCGAAUCACUGAAGCGGCUGGAUGAGCUCGAGUCCGAAAUCAAAAACCAAGUCAUGCAAACCCAACGAAAGUACAAGAAUCUGCGGAACCAUCGACGCAGUCUUCAAGAAAACAUGCGUCAAACGGUGAGCUCCGGUGGAGGCGAGAGUAGUAACGCUCCAGUAAGCUCCAUGUGCUCCCAGACAUUGGGAACGAUCCCGCAGCGAAGGAUGUCCACGCUCACUCCGUCGGUCUGUCCGCCGAACGUGAACUCCUGCCCACCUGAGCGAAGAUAUUCGGUCGAUUCCUUCAAUUUGGCAAACAGUGUGAAGAUGUCGCAGGCAAAGUCGGCGAACAGUACGUUUAAUGUAUCAAACAUUACAAAGAUGUCGCAGGCAAGCUCACAGAAUGAUUCUGGCAUCAGUAUGAGCACAAUGUCCAGUACUUUUGGCAGCGGUGGAAGCUCGUUUUCUGCCAAGAAUACACCAGCGACUGUGGUUUCUCCGAUCAGAGCGCACCGAAUUCCCGCGAGACGCAUGUCGGUGGCAGCUGGUGUAGUCCAAAACUCUGCUACACCUCUUCCACCGCAGAGAAGAAAUUCGACGGCUACGUUUAAGCAGAUUCUGGGUGUACGAAGGCCGCAAGAUAACAGUAGCAGCAGUACUGGUGAUACACGCUAA